CUUCUGUUAGUCAUCAUGGCGGAACUGUAAUGUCCAGGACGAGAAAACUGUACCACCCGCCCCUGGAGUUCAUUUAUUUAUUUAUUUAUUUAUUUUUAUCACAAACCUCUCUACAAUGACCAGGUGGAUUCCAACUAAAAAAGAGAAAUAUGGAGUGGCGGUAUAUAAUUAUGAUGCCAGAGGACAGCAAGAGCUGUGUCUGCAGGUGGGGGACACGGUGCACAUACUGGAGACGUUUGAGGGGUGGUACAGAGGAUACACGUUACGGAACAAAUCACAAAAGGGAAUUUUCCCGGCUUCCUACAUCCACCUGAAAGAGGCUAAAGUCGAAGGGACAGGCCAGCAGGAGAUUGUUAUCCCAGCGGAUCUUCCCCUGGUAAUGGAACUGGGCGCCACCCUCAGGGAAUGGGCACAGAUAUGGCACAAGCUGUAUGUGAGCAACAAGACCACCCUGUUCCGGAGCGUUCAGCAGAUGGCUUACAGCCUGAUAGAGUAUCGAUCACAGAUAGUGUCCGGGACGCUGCCAAAAGAUGACCUGGUGGAGCUCAGGAAGAAAGUCACGGCUAAAAUUGAUUAUGGAAACCGGAUCCUGGGUCUGGACCUGGUGGUGCGGGAUGAAGCGGGGAACACGCUGGAUCCGGAUUUCACCAGCACCGUCAGUCUGUACCGCGCUCACGAGACGGCGUCCCGCAGCGUCGACGAGAGGAUACAGGAGGAGAAGACCCGGCUCCAGAACUUGGAGAUGAGGCGACAGUCCCUCUUCAGCACGGUCCACACCUACAGCCUCUUCAUGAACCUGAAGAACUUUGUGUGCAACAUCGGAGAGGACGCCGAGCUGCUCAUGUCCCUCUAUGACCCCGACCAGUCAGAUUUCAUCAGUGAGAACUUCCUGGUACGAUGGGGCAGCACGGGCAUGCCCAAGGAAAUCGAGAAGCUGAACAACCUGCCGGCUCUCUUCACGGACCUGAGCAGCAGCGAUCUGAUCAGGCCGCGGGUGUUCCUGGUGUGUCAGAUAAUCCGGGUGGGGUGCAUGGAGCUGAAGGAGGGCAAGAAGCACACGGGCGGUUUGAGGAGACCCUUCGGAGUGGCGGUAAUGGAUAUCACAGACAUCGCGCACGGGAAAUCGGACGACGAGGACAAGCAGCACUUCAUCCCCUUUCAGCAGGUCAUCGGGGAGAACGAGCCACUCACCGCCGUCUUCAACAAGGUCAUCGCCACCCGUGAGGUCAACCACAAGGGUCAAGGACUGUUCGUGACCCUGAAGCUGCUCCCGGGGGAUCUGGCCCAGGUCCAGAAGGACUACCCGCACUUUGUGGACCGAAGCACGCCCAUCGUCAGGAAAAUGGGAUUCCCCGAGAUCAUCCUCCCAGGAAACGUGAGGAACGACAUAUAUGUGACGCUGCUGCAGGGAGAAUUCGAUCGAGGGAAAAAGAAGACGCCCAAAAAUGUGGAGGUGAUGAUGAGUGUGCUGGAUGAUGAAGGCACACCAAUGGAGAAAGCAAUAUUCCCUGGAGCUGGCAAUGACGGAAUCACGGAGUAUAAGUCCGUCAUCUACUACCAGGUCAAACAGCCCUGCUGGAAUGAAACGGUCAAGGUGGCCAUUCCCAUCGAAGACGUGGGCCGCUGCCACCUCAGGUUGAUGUUUCGCCACAGGUCUUCCCAGGACUCCAGGGACAAAUCGGAGAAGCCCUUCGGCAUGGCGUUCGUGCGCCUGAUGAAGUCCGACGGGACCACGCUGCGGGACGGGAAGCACGACCUGAUCGUCUACAAGGUCGACGUGAAGAAGACGGAGGACGCUAAAACCUAUCUGACCUUGCCUGGGUCAUGGGCAGAGGUGGAGGAGAAGGAGAAGCAGACGGGGAAGGCUUUCCACCAUUCGGGCGUGAUCCCCGUAACCAAAGACAGCUUUCAGAUCGCCACUCUCACCUGCUCCACAAAGCUCACUCAGAACGUCGAUCUGCUGGGCCUACUGAACUGGAGAUCCAACCCCGGCGAGCUGGACCAGAACCUGCAGCGACUAAUGGAGGUGGAGGGAGGGGAGAUUGUGAAGUUCCUUCAGGACACCCUCGAUGCCCUCUUCAACAUCAUGAUGGAGACCUCUGAAAAGGACACCUAUGACACCCUGGUCUUCAAUGCCCUGGUGUUCAUCAUCUCGCUGAUCGGCGACAUCAAGUUUCAGCACUUCAACCCAGUCCUGGAGACGUACAUCUACAAGCACUUCAGUGCCACGCUGGCGUACACGAAGUUGACCAAGGUGCUGAAUUAUUAUGUGGGACACGCUGAAGACUCCGCCCUGACAGAGAGGCUGUAUUCUGCCCUCAAAGCCCUCAAGUACCUCUUCAGGUUCAUAGUCCAGUCCCGGGUUCUGUAUCUGAGAUUCUAUGGAAACAGCGAGGAUGGCGAUGCAUUCUUUAACUCCAUAAGGACGCUCUUCCUGUCCUUCAACACUUUGAUGGACAGGCCGCUGGACGAAGGGGUCAAGAUUAAAGGAGCAAUUUUGAAAUACCUCCCCACCAUCAUCAAUGAUAUCCAGCAUGUCUUUGAUCCCGUGGAGCUCAGUGUUCUUUUAACUAAGUUCAUUGAGAGUAUCCCUGACUCUCAGCUUGUGAGACAGAAGCUGGGCUGCAUGUGCAAGAUGGUGGAGAGUGACCUUUUCAAGCAGCCAGACUGUCGUGAUGUCCUUCUACCCCUGCUGACUGACCAGCUGAGUGGUCAACUGGAUGACCACUCCAACAAGCCUGAUUAUGAAGCCUGUGUCCAGCUGCUCAGCACUCUUCUGGACAACCUGGAUCGAAAGGAUGUGGGCCCCACCAGAGGACACGUGCAGAUGAUCAUCGAACGUCUCCUUCGCCGGGUCAACCGGACGGUCAUCAGCAUGAGCCGGAGCUCCCCUCUCAUUGGUCACUAUCUGGCCUGCAUGACAGCCAUUCUGAAACAGAUGGACAACGCGCACUACACUCACUAUAUCAGCACCUUCAAAACCAGACAGGACAUCAUUGACUUCCUGAUGGAGACAUUCAUCAUGUUUAAGGACCUGAUGGGGAACAUUUUUCCCUCUGAUUGGAUGAUCAUGAACCUCCUGCAGAUGCAGGUGUUCCUGCGGGCCAUCAACCAGUACUCCGAUGUUCUCAACAAAUACUUCCUGGACCAGGCACAUUUUCAGCUGCAGUUGUGGAACAACUACUUCCACCUUACUGUGGCGUUCCUAACCCACAAGUUAUUGCAGCUGGAAUCGUUCUCCCAAGAGAAACGCAACAAGAUCAUCAACAAAUACGGAGACAUGAGAAAGGCCAUUGGCUUUAAGAUCCGGGACAUGUGGUACAACCUUGGGCCUCAUAAGAUGAAGUUCAUCCCCUCCAUGGUGGGGCCCAUUCUGCAGGCCACCCUGGUCCCCGAGCCGGACCUGAGGAAAGCCAUAAUCCCCAUCUUCUUUGACAUGAUGCAGUGCGAGCACAACUUCAGCCCCGACCACACCUUCCAGAUGUUUGAAAAUGAACUGAUUACCAAGCUGGAUCAGGAGGUGGAGGGAGGCCGGGGAGACGAGCAGUACAAGAUCCUGCUGGAGAAAACGUUGCUGGAGCACUGCAGAAGGCACCGGUACCUGGUCCAUUCUGGGGAGUCCCUGGCCUUGCUGCUCAGCAGCCUGCUGGAGAACCUGCUGGCCUAUCGCACCAUCACCCUCGACGAGAGCCCGGAGCACCGCAUGAGCUGCACCGUCAACGUGCUGAACUUUUACAAGGAAAAGAAAAGGGAGGACAUCUACAUUCGGUACCUGUACAAGCUACGGGAUUUGCACCUGGACUGUGAAAACUACACGGAGGCAGCCUACACGCUGCUGCUGCACGCUGAGCUGCUGGAGUGGUCGGACAAGCCUUGCGCGCCCCACCUCAUCCCCCGCGACGGCUCGCACAUCUGGACGCAGCAGGAGCUGAAAAUGAGGCUCUUCCAGGAGAUCAUGUGCUACCUGGACAAGGGCAAGAUGUGGGAGAAAGCCAUCGAGAUGAGCAAGCAGCUGGCGAAGAUGCACGAAAACCAGAUGUUCGACUUUAUGGAGCUCAGCCAGCUACUGAAACAGCAGGCCGAGUUUUAUGAGAACAUCAUGCACGCCAUGCGACCCCAGCCUGAGUACUUUGCGGUCGGGUACUACGGCCAUGGAUUUCCCUCCUUCCUCAGGAACAAAGUGUUCAUUUACCGCGGCAAAGAGUACGAGUGGCUGGAGGACUUCAGCCUGAAGCUGCUCUCUCAGUUCCCGAUGGCGGUUAGAAUGACCAGCACAGCGCCCCCUGGGGACGACAUCUUGAACUCCCAGGGACAGCAUAUCCAGUGCUUCACUGUCAAACCGGUCCUCACUUUACCAAAAAAGUUCAAGGACAAGGGAGUCCCAGAGCAAAUUCUGAAUUACUACAGAACUAAUGAGGUGGAUCAGUUCCAGUACUCCAGACCCUUCCGGAAAGGAGAAAAGGACCCAGAUAAUGAGUUUGCUACCAUGUGGAUCGAGAGAACCACCUACACGACGGCCUACCGCUUCCCCGGGAUCCUCAAGUGGUUCGAAGUGAAGUUCAGCUCCGUUGAGGAGAUCAGCCCCCUGGCGAACGCCGUGGAGACCAUGGAGAUGGCCAAUGAGAAGCUGAGCAACCUGGUGCAGCAGCAGGCCUGCGACCGGUCUCUGCCUGUCCACCCCCUCUCGAUGAUGCUCAACGGCAUCGUCGACCCUGCCGUCAUGGGAGGCUUCUCCAACUACGAGAAGGCAUUCUUCACAGACACCUACAUACAACAACACCCGGAAGAUUCAGGGCGCAUUGAGGUCCUCAAGCAUCUCAUUGCCCUGCAGAUCCCCCUCCUGGCCGACGGGAUACAGAUCCACGGCGAGAAGUCGACCGAACAGCUGAAGCCCCUGCACAACCGCCUGGUCACCUGCUUUCAGGACCUGAAGGAGAAGGUGGAGAAGCAUUAUGGAGUCAUCACUCUGCCCUGUUCCCUGACGGAGAGGAAGAAGAGUCGUGUCGGCUCGGUGGUGAUGCCCUACAUCCUCUCCUCCACCCUGCGGCGCAUGUCCACCGUCUCCCUCCUCUCCACCGCCUCCUCCAGCCUCUCCAGCGGCUCGGGCUCUUCAGAGGGCGCCCCCUCCCGGCCCUGCUCCCAGGAUUCCCUUUUGUCCCGAGUCAGUGACCGCCGGGCCUCGGUCCUGUCCCGCUCCGAAGAGGACAACCGGAUUGGCCGCAAGAACCGAAAGGAAUGGAGCGUGAGCAAGUCUCAAGUUCUGGUGGAGAGGCCGCUGGACACAGACGAGACUCCACCAGAGAAGCAGCAGAGACCAAAGAGCCUGCAGUUUGGGGACAGGCGUCUCACCCUGUCCCUCUUCCAGGGUGCGUCCUCUCAGCUCAGCUUGUCCAACCCUCUCAGCCCUCUGCCCGCCUCCCCAAACACUCCUCGAAGCUCCAGCUAUACAUCUCUUCCAAGUGACAACGACGUGACUACUGACCCCCCAGGGCCCCCCCCGCCCAUGCCGCCGAAGAAGCACCCCCACGACGGCGACAGCCCCAGGAACUCUGUGGCGUUCGUGCCCCCACUGCCAAUGAAAGUGGACAGCAGGCCGCCCCCACCCCCUCCCAAAACCCGCAAAUCAAUGUUCCCUUCAUAUGAUCACAGCGCUCAGUGAGAGAACCACCCCAACACCACAGCUCUCCCCCCUGAACCCCACUCUGAGUAUGAUAAGAAUAGAGAGGUGGGUGCUUUGGGUCAGUUUGAAUGAUGGUGAGUGAUUUUUUUCUGAAUUUGAGAGGACAGUUAUGCGUGUUCGCUGUCAAAAGUGACAGAUUUUUGGCGUUGCAUUCCGAUCUAGCCAUUUUUUUUAAAGCUUGUGUAGAAAAUAAAAUGCUAGCGCAUUUAAACUGAUGAUUUAAAUAUAUUGUAUAUAUUGUUGUAUAAAUUGUGUGUAUUACUACUGGGAAAGGGUACGACCAAAGGUUUCCUUUGCGGUUUUUUAGUGUGUGUUGAAAUUUGAUGAAACUGUCAUUGAGUCAGUAGUUUCGCUGUGUGUUUGGGGCAUUCUGUGUUAAAACAACAGGUGUUCAAAUACUGAAUUAGCACAUUUUCCAUCAGUGUUGUUUGUGCUGUAUAGAAGACUGUAAUUAUACAACAGAGGUGUUGAAUAUUUGUUUUGUAAUGAACAUCUCCACAGUUCACGGAGCUCUUGCAAUAUAAAUCGUAUCACAAUCGCAGUAUAUUGAAACAAGUUUACUGAAACAAAUUUUUAACUAAAGAACUCUUUUGAUGUCAUUCAUGAAGUUCAUAAAUCCAGUAAUAUUUGUCUAGUGAUACAAUUUCAUAUUGUUCUGUAUGUGCUUGUCCAGUGUACAUUUCAGACAAAUACGUAUGCAGCCCCAGACAUACUGGUUUAGAGCUGUAUGCGUAUUUAUUCAAAAUAGCAUAUUGUUCUCUCUUGAAAUGACUUGAUAUCAUCAAAAAGUUUCAUUUUCAGCUCCAAAAACAUUAACUAUGCAUUAUGUGAGGGUAAUGAAUGCACACUCAAGAUUUCAGUGCUGCUUUAAUUACCUCAUCAAUUAAAUCAGCUUAUUGAGACAUGCACUGGAUGGCUAUAAUGUAAAUGUGAUUUUUAUUUUUUUGGUUUGUUUCUAAUGAACAAAUGACUGUAUCUUUAGCAAUUUCCUGCUUCUUUUGGAGGAAAUGAGCUCCCCGUUUAUUGUUUAUUUGUGACAGAGUAAGGUACACCGCACGGAACAGUGGCUCACGCUUGUGUUUUUCAAAAA